AAGAAAAAGAGCACCAGAUUCCGAGUCGACACCUUAAUUCGUCUUCGUCUUCUUCUUCUUUUUUAACUCGGUUUCUACAAAAUGGAGAAUUUGAUAUCGUUGGUGAAUAAGCUACAGAGAGCGUGUACGGCGCUUGGUGACCAUGGAGACGAAAGCGCAUUGCCUACCCUUUGGGAUUCCUUGCCUGCCAUCGCCGUCGUCGGUGGCCAAAGUUCUGGAAAAUCAUCUGUGCUGGAAAGUAUCGUUGGAAAAGAUUUUUUACCUCGUGGAGCAGGGAUUGUUACUAGGCGGCCUCUUGUAUUGCAACUUCAUAGGGUCAACGAAGGAAAAGAAUAUGCAGAAUUUAUGCAUCUUCCAAAAAAGAGAUUCACCGAUUUCGCUGCUGUUAGGCAGGAGAUUUCUGAUGAGACUGAUCGGGAAACUGGUCGCAGCAAACAAAUCUCUACUGUCCCAAUCCAUCUCAGUAUCUACUCCCCUAAUGUGGUGAACUUAACACUAAUUGAUCUCCCUGGACUAACAAAAGUUGCAAUUGAGGGACAAUCUGAAACAAUUGUUCAGGACAUCGAGAACAUGGUUCGGUCAUAUAUUGAAAAGCCCAACUGUAUCAUACUGGCAAUAUCUCCUGCCAAUCAGGAUCUUGCCACUUCGGAUGCAAUAAAGAUCGCACGUGAGGUUGACCCAAAAGGAGACAGGACAUUUGGGGUUUUAACGAAGAUUGAUCUGAUGGACCAGGGUACCGAUGCUGUUGAUAUUCUAGAAGGAAAAGCAUACAAGCUACAGUUUUCAUGGAUUGGUGUUGUUAAUCGCUCUCAAGCUGACAUUAAUAAGAGUGUUGAUAUGAUUGCUGCUCGGCGCAGAGAGCGAGACUAUUUUCAAAAUAGUUCGGAGUAUACUCACCUUGCCCACAGGAUGGGUUCUGAGCACUUAGGAAAGGUGCUUUCUAAGCAUUUGGAAACUGUGAUAAAGUCUCGAUUACCGGGCCUCCAGUCUCUUAUCAACAAGACUAUUAUGGAACUGGAGGGAGAAUUGAACCAUCUUGGGAAGCCUAUUGCUACUGAUGCCGGAGGGAAGCUGUAUACAACAAUGGAAAUCUGUCGGGCUUUUGAUCAAAACUUCAGAGAACAUCUUGAUGGCGUACGCGCUGGAGGUGAAAAAAUAUAUGGUGUAUUCGAUAAUCAACUCCCUGCUGCUUUGAAGAGAUUGCACUUCGAUAAACAUCUUUCAAUUGAAAAUAUACGCAAGUUAAUUACAGAAGCUGAUGGAUACCAGCCACAUCUUAUAGCCCCUGAGCAAGGGUAUCGCCGUCUUAUCGAAUCUUGCUUAGUGUCUAUCAGAGGUCCUGCUGAAGCAGCUGUUGAUGGGGUUCAUGCUAUUCUAAAAGGUAUUGUUCAGAGGGCUUUAUCCGAGACACCGGAACUAAAGCAGUACCCAACUUUGAGAGUGGAAGUAGGGAAUGCUGCAAUUGAAUCACUGGAAAGAAUGAGGGAAGAAAGCAAGAGAGCAACUCUAAAGCUAGUUGAUAUGGAAUGUGGUUAUCUGACGGUUGAAUUCUUCCGGAAACUUCCUCAAGAUGGUGAGAAGGGUGGAAAUCCAACACAUUCACUCUUAGAUCGAUAUAACGAGGCCUAUCUUAGACGAGUUGGCAGCAAUGUUCUGCAAUAUGUGAAUAUGACUUGUGCAAAUUUGAGAAACUCGAUUCCCAAGUCAAUUGUUUAUUGUCAAGUUCGUGAGGCCAAACGCAGCUUGCUUGACUACUUCUUCACCGAAUUGGGCAGGAAAGAGGCGAGGCAAUUGAGUAAGUUACUGGACGAGGAUCCGGCAGUUGUGCAGCGUCGUACCAACCUUGCAAAGCGUCUCGAAUUAUACAGGAGCGCUCAACACGAGAUCGAAGCUGUUGCUUGGUCCAAGUAGUUGAGAAUGAGAUUGAAUUCUAAUCUAUAUAUAUGUGAAGAAAUGGUUUU